AUGAUAGCUACCGUGGUGUUCAUUUUGGCACUGCGGAGUACUACACAUGCUGAUUUAUUUACAUCAAUCGCAGAAAUGGAGUUACUUCUGGAAGCUGAUAAGAGAAUUCCUGAUUUGCUCGAUAUGUACAUCGAAAGGUUCCAACAACGUUUGGAUCAAAUUAGACAGCUUUCAGUAGGCAAAAAACAGCUUGGCAAUCGCAGUUUAGGAAAUGAUAUACGAUUGCUAAGCAAUCCAGUCAGUGCUUAUCUGCUUAUCAAAAGACUGAUUGAGGAAUGGGAUGAUAUAAAACGGUUGGCAGGAAGUGAUAUUGGCGAAGAGUUAUUGAAGGAAAUUUCAGAAUUACGAGCAAUGAAUUAUGUGAAAAACCCUACAACGGAAGAUUUGGUUGGAGCUGCAAUAGCCUUACUUCGGCUGCAAGAUACAUAUCGGCUAAAUGUUAAGGAGAUAGCUGAUGGGAAAAUUCUGAAUGCUUCUGGUGUUCAACCGUUUACAGCCAGGGAUUGCUUUGAUAUUGGUCGAGCAGCAUACAAUGUGAAUGACUACUACCAUACCUUAAUAUGGAUGGAAGAGGCACAGGAGCGGUUGCGGGAUGAAGCGCCGCACGAAACUGUGCAAUUAAAGGAAAUUUUGGAAUAUUUAGCUUUUGCGCUCUUCAAACAAGGCAAUCUGAAACGCGCCCUUCUGCUCACUGAACAGCUGCAUACAAUUGAUCCAAAUCAUCCACGCGCAAAAAACAAUAUUAAGUGGUAUGAAGACCUAUUGGCUGAGGAAGGUCUGAAGCCAAUUGAUUAUCGGCGAAAUAUUCCGCCGGUAACUAAUCCUCGACCUACGACUGGUUUGGAAACAGCGGAGCAUGAUAUCUACGAAGCCUUAUGUAGAAACGAAAUACCCGUGAGCAUUAAGGUAACGUCAAAACUUUACUGCUACUACAAAAUGGAUCGUCCAUUUUUGCGUUUGGCUCCUUUCAAAGUUGAAAUUUUAAGAUUUAAUCCACUCGCCGUAUUGUUCCGUGAUGUUAUUACAGACGAAGAAGUUACAAUGAUCCAAAUGUUGGCGACACCGAGACUGCGAAGAGCUACUGUGCAGAACUCGAUAACUGGUGAACUUGAAACAGCAUCAUACCGAACAAGUAAAAGUGCAUGGUUGAAAGAUGAGGAACACGAAGUUGUACAUCGGAUCAAUAAACGAAUUGAUCUGAUGACUAAUUUGGAGCAAGAGACUUCAGAAGAAUUGCAGGUUGGAAAUUAUGGUAUUGGUGGUCAUUAUGAUCCUCAUUUUGACUUCGCAAGAAGAGAAGAAGUUAACGCUUUUCAGUCGCUCAACACCGGGAAUCGUUUGGCAACAUUGCUAUUUUAUAUGACACAGCCUGAAUCAGGAGGUGCUACUGUAUUUACUGAGGUUAAAACAACAGUUAUGCCUUCUAAAAACGAUGCAUUAUUUUGGUAUAAUUUAUUGCGCAGCGGUGAGGGUGACUUGAGAACACGUCACGCUGCGUGUCCUGUGUUAACCGGUACGAAGUGGGUUUCAAAUAAAUGGAUACAUGAACGUGGUCAAGAGUUUCGAAGGCCUUGUGGCUUAAGCCGAUCAGUGGAAGAACAGUUUGUGGGCGAUCUAAGUGCUUAA